AUGGUGCCAGGUGUUGACGAGGAGGUUUUGGCAGUGAGGCAUGAUGGGCACAGCAGGGUGCGGUUAUUACUUUGUGAACGGCCCACAAACAGCGGAAAGAGGGGGGACCCCCUGGUGUUGACCACUCAGACAUUAGAGAGAGUGUCACCUGGAAAAAAGGGCCAUCAAAGCGGCCUCGAUCCGCUCUCACACCUGCGUACAGUUUUUGUGUCGCAGCUACCCGCGGUUAUGCAGCCGCCGCCAUCUGUUCAGAGACUCAGCUCAGGACGCCUGAGCAACAUCAUCGGGAUCAUUGUGUACAUAUCAGCCAACGCGGGGGACCCUUCAAAAAGCGACUCAAAGAAGAACAGCUACUCUUACGGCUGGUCCUUCUACUUCGGUGCCCUCUCCUUCAUCAUGGCUGAGAUGGUAGGCGUUUUGGCCGUGCACAUGUUCAUCGACCGGCAUCGACAGCUCCGAAUAGGGGCGCGUGCAGCCGACUACCUCCAAGGCUCGGCCAUAACGCGAAUCCCAAGCUACCGCUACCGCUACAGGCGUCGCUCGCGCUCCUCCUCCCGCUCCACAGACCCCUCACACUCCCGUGACACCUCGCCUGUGGGCCUCAAGGGCUUCAGCGCGCUGCCAUCUACAGAGAUCUCCAUGUACACGCUUCCCCGGGACACCCUCAAGUCCUCCGGCACGCCCACCGCCACCUACAACUCGGAGAGGGACCACACCUUCCUGCAAGUCCACAACUCCAUCCAGAAGGACCUGAAAGACUCGAGCCAGACCAACACAGCGAACCGCCGCACCACGCCGGUAUGAGGGAGUCGAGACAGGCCAGCGGAGAGCGGGAGACACGGGAACCCCUGUGGGUGCAGUCCACCCCAGGAGAAGAUGGAUUUCCAUGUUUAUAGACAUUUGUUCUUUUUGUUCAGCUGCAUGACUUUUCCAUUACCAUUGUUGAGAGAGCUUCAACAAUCUGCUGUGUCCCUGGAUUGAAUGGCAGAACAGUGAGAAUGGGUCAGAGUGUGAGAUCUGUCAUUUUUUGCGCAGGGUUUGUUUAUGAGGUUUUUUGGCACUGAAAGGGAGGGCGGGAGGGCAUUUAUGAGAUAAAGAUUUCAUGAUUUCAUUGCCGCUUGGUUUGACACUUUUGCCCCACAUGUUUGGUUGUCAACAUGUCAAGCUCCCCCUCAGCAAGCCAACCGCUCAGAUAUACACCUCCUUUAUUUAUUGACUCAUUUGUUCAUUUUUUGCAUUAAAACUGUGAAUUGUUACAGUUUGGGAUUCAGUAAGAAUUAGCCCAAUCUGUAAUCUCUAACAAAGGUACUAUAUAUAUAUAUGUAUUACUUUUAUAAAUAAAUUAUUACGUUAAUAAUCAAGAGUUACAGACUUUACCGAAGCAAAAAACAAAAAAAAAACAAGUUAACUUAACCAAGUGCUGUUGGUAAGAUGAGAAAUGACUCUUUUAGUAUCUGUUCAUUUGAAGGUUGAGAACAAGAGGAGGGGCUUCAGGUAGCAGCAGUACACGGCGACUGAUGCCACCAGAGGCAGGUACAGAUAGUCAACAGUAGAAUAAUAUCUAUUAUUUUAAUAGAACCUUCUCGUCUUUUUCUCAGUCCCUGUUCACUUUCUUUUUUUGGGGGGUCGUAACGGGAGACUUGAACCCCUUAACAGAAAGAGCCAACCAAAGGGGUCAAAGUUCACAAAGACUCCAAACACGACUUCAACAAAAAAAAGGAAGGAGCAGAGGGAAGGAAAAGAAGAGGACGCCAAACACAAAAAUAAAAACAAGUUAAAUAUGAAAUAGUACAAGAAAAGCUAAGUGACAAUUUUCAGAAAUUAAAUGCAUGCUAUAAAAUUACAGCAAAUCUGCUCUUGAGAAACUUAAGUUUUAAAAGUUAAUUAUUAUAAGGGGAAAAAAAGCAAAGACGCUAAAAUUUAAAGUAUUAAUGUUUUCAUGUGUGUUUUUCUUAUUUUUUAUUUAUUUAGUUCAUUUGAUCUUAUUGCUUUUGUGAGACAAACCAAACAAUCUACAUUGAACAAAACUGCUUUUUUAAAUGGUUUGGUUGAUUGAUUUAUAAAUAUAUAAAUAUAUGUAUGUAUGUAUUUUAUUUUUAAAACUCACACAGCCUUAGUCAUUUCUUUGUUUCUUUUGAUUUUUAAUGUGUUGUUCAAUUUAAAAUGAUUCUUUAAAGGUGCCAAAACCGAAUGAUCCUAUACUUGGAUACAUCAAGUCCUGAUGAAUAAAAUACGAACCCUAGGGGGAACAAAUCA